AGACACAAGAGGGGGUUAGGUCUUAAGAAGGGCAGGAUUGUGAACAGCACCGGAACGUCUUCAAGAUGGUGAUUUCAGUUAAAAACCCCACAUACAUAUGGGGCACUCCCAUUAACAUAUUGACCUUGUCACCGUGCCUUCUCCAAAGACAAGUGAUUUAAGUGUGAUCAACGAACCAGGGCGAUGGCGGACCACCUCCAGUGCGGUAUGUGCUUCCAGGCAUACAAUGCAUCUUCGCGCCUGCCCAAGUUCCUCAAGUGCAGCGGCGGCAUCCAGCACACAUUCUGCCUGCAGUGUCUGCGGAAGCUGACUACUAGUGGCAUCAUCAAGUGUCCCACGUGCCGCGACCUGACAUGCGUCGCUCACUCGGCCGACUCCCUCAAGAACAACAUCUACCUGAUGCCACAGAUUGAGGCAACUGCCUCGGCUGCUCAGCUCAACCAACGUUUGGAGAUGUUCUGCGUCAGCUGUGUGACGUUGGCGACUGAGAAGUGCGGAGAGCACGAGCUGCUGAGGCUGUCGGAAAUCCGCGAGGUUCUACGAGGGAUGGCCUUGAAGGGCGCCGAAAACACGGAGGCCAUCAAAAUCAAACGAUCGACCACGCUCGAUCUCUAUAGACAAGCGUACAACGUCCUUGCGGCCGCCGCCAAAUCCGUUGGUAGAACUAUAGAAGAUUAUGAUAUGGACUUACAACUAGAUGAUGAUAUUUUGCGAGAAUUGGAGAGGAAACGGGAAGCUAUUGAGUUCCUCCCGAAUGAAGAUCUCUCGGACACUUUCAAAAAUGUGGAAUCGCAUAUAUCCCACACCAUGACGAGCUUGGAAGAAACUUCCAGUCUGGCACGUAGAUGUGAGAAUUUACUCGACUCCAGUGCAGAGGUGUCCUUACGGACCAACGGCUCACGCAUCACGUUUGCCGUUGGUGAUUGGAUGCGCGAUGAAAAUGUUGUGAAAGCGUUGAUGGGCGCAAGCAUUUUCCUGUAUUCUUUGGAUCAUAUGGCAUCGUCUGAUGAUGACGAAAAGGCGGAGGCAAUUGGAAGCCAAGAAUCCAACAACGUAACCCGUGGUAAUACUGCUAGUGCACAGGGCGGCGCUGUAAAAGCCCCCAGUGGCAUUAGCAAAGCUGCAAGCGCCUCCGGCGACACUGGUAAACCUGACAAUGUAUCCUAUGUUGCGGGCAAAUCGGUCACCAUAGCCAAGGAUAAAGCCAACGGUAAAACCAGCACCACACCCGGGGACACAGCCGGCAAGACCGCCAACGGCAAAACGGCAAACGGUAAAGCCGCCACCAAAGUGAACAGUGUAGCGUCUGAUAGAGCAACUGCUACAGCCAAUGAUAGCAAGGUCACCAGCAGCAUCGCGGCUUCGCCCAAUCGCUCCGUUAAAGGUAACGACACCACCAUGUCUAAUGGGCCCGCGAAUGAUAAAGCCGUCGGAAAAGCCACCUUGACGAAUAAGAGCGCAAGCACUGGCGAGGCUGCCAAGUCCAGUGGAACGGCUAGUGGAAAACGUGCCGUCGUCUUACCCGAUGGACGAGCCACUGGCACGGUAACGGUCACGUCCGUGUCCAGCCAUGGUGCGAAUGUCCAUCGCAUUCACAUCAUGGACCCGGUCACUGGAAAGGCCGUCUCUCCGGCCACCGGCGCCGUGUCGAGCGGGCCGGCGGCCCGUAAGGUGACGUUCUCCAACGUGUUGAAACAGGCGAGCGCGCCGGUGGAGCCGGCGCCGGCGCGUGCCGCGGCCGUGCCGCGGGCACUACGCGGCGACGGCCGCCCGUACUACCGCCUGCAGGUCACGACCGGCACGGACACGGGUGACGUCAUCAUCGAGCUGCGGCCCGACAUGGCGCCCAUCAUGUGCAAGAAUUUCAUCUCGCUGUGCGACGCUGGAUUGUACAACAACACGAGGUUUCACUUCGCCACGGCCAACGACUACCUGCUCGGCGGCCGGGUGGACGACGACGAGGGCUUCUCUCUGCUGGCCGACUCCGGCAAGAAGUUCAUCGCCGCCGACAUGUGUCCGCUGCAGGACGAGUGCGGCGCCAUACGCAUGAAGGGCAUGGGCACGGUGAUCGUCGACGGCAACAAGCGCGGUCAGAUCGGCUCGCAGUUCAUGAUCUGGGUCUCCGAAGAGCGCGACUACCGCCCGUACCGCUACACGCUGGUGUUCGGCUACGUGCGCCAGGGGUUGGACCUGGUGCGUAAGAUCUCGACCAUGGACCGGCCGUCUAUCUGGCGCCAGGUUCGGCUCAUUUCCGCCAAGCGGCUUACCCAGUAGCGGCCGCACGGCACUGAUGCCGUCGCCGCCGGGCGGGGCGGCACGCGGCGCCAGCUGCGCUGGAC